AGGCUAAAAACAAAGGAUAACCCGAGGAAAAGGGGUAUGACUGGGACUGAUACUUGUGUUCUGUGUGGUGAAGCUGCUGAAGAUAGGGAGCACCUGUUCUUUGCAUGUGGCUACAGUACAUUGGUUGGGCAGACGGAGCAGAGUUUACUGAGUAUUGUGCGACAACCAUCAAGACUUUACAACACGUUAGAUUGGCCUGUUAGUCCUGUUGAGAAGUUGCUGGUUUCUGGUUUUUCUAUUGCCAGUUUCGGGGCUUUUGAUUUAUCUAGUGACUGUAAAGUACGGCGUAUGUCUGGGGUGGGAAUGUUUAUGUCCCUUACGGGCUUCGGAUUUAAGAUGCUUUUUUUUUUUGUUUCCCGCCCGAUAUCCGAGGUUUCGCUCCGACUACUCUGGACUCGACCAGCUGUGGCGCACCAGAAUGGUGGGUGGGUCUCCCAACGAAGGCUGCUGCGUACACAAGGUUUCGAACUCGAGACCUUGUUUAAGCUGGAACAAGUCGCUUGCCACUUGAUCUAACCCCUCGUUGGUGGAUUUAAGAUGCUUUUAAAUUGUUGUGAAAUACUCUAACUAUAUAGUUAUGAUUGUGGUUAUGUUAAAGUGUAUAUUAUACUGUAAUUAUAGUUGAAUCUUGAAUGUCAUUUUGAUAUUUGGUUAUUGAUUUUUUAAAAGUAUUAUAAAUAAAAUAUGAUAGAUUUU